AUGCCGGCAGCGAUGAAGGCUGCAAUGUCGCUGGUGAGAAGCCAAGGCGUUGUCUCGGCCACUGAGGUCCUCCUCGCGGCUGCCGUCUUCUGCCUGGUCCUCCUGCUCGUCCAGUCCCUCCGGCAGCACGUGCCCAAGGGGCUGAAGAGCCCCCCGGGACCCAGGGGCUACCCCAUCCUCGGCAAAGUGCUGGAGCUGAGGAAGGACACGCACCUGGCCCUCACCAGGAAAGCCGUGGGUAAGCAGGGAGAGGACUUCAUGGGGCGCCGGGACCUCUACAGCUUCCAAUACAUUUCAAAUGGGCAGAGCCUGGCCUUCAGCCCCGACUCGGGGGAGGUGUGGAAAGCCCGCAGAAAGCUGGCCCAGAACGCCCUGAAGACCUUCUCCAUCGCCCCCAGCCCCACCUCCUCUUCCACCUGCCUCCUGGAGGAGCACGUCUCCAAGGAGGCCAGCUACCUGGUCACCAAGUUCCUGCGGCUGAUGGAGGAGGGGAAGAGCUUUGACCUUAACCAGUACCUGGUGGUCUCUGUGGCCAACGUCAUCUGCGCCAUCUGCUUUGGCAAGCGUUACGACCACAACGACCAAGAGCUGCUCAACAUAGUGAACCUCAGCAAUGAAUUUGGGGAUGCGGCUGCUUCUGGCAACCCCGCUGACUUCAUCCCCGUGCUCCAGUACCUUCCCAGCCGCACCAUGCAGCUCUUUAAGGACAUCAACAGGCGGUUCAACUUCUUUGUGCAAAAAAUUGUCCAGGAGCAUUACACCAGCUUUGAUAAGGAGCACAUCCGGGACAUCAUGGACUCGCUGAUCGAGCACUGCCAGGACAAGAGUGUAGGGGAGGAUGCCCGUGUCCCGCUCUCCAACGACAAGAUCAUCAGCAUCGUCUAUGACCUCUUUGGGGCAGGCUUUGACACUGUAGCAACUGCCUUAUCCUGGAGCCUCAUGUACGUCGCCUUGUACCCCGACAUCCAGAAGAAGAUCCAGGAAGAACUAGACCGAACCAUCGGCCGGGAGAGGAGACCGAGGCUGUCGGACCGAGGCACGCUGGCCCAACCGGAAGCCUUUAUCCUGGAGAUGCUGCGGGUCUCCUCUUAACUUCUCUUCCCCUCCGCCCGUAUUUCUUUCAGUACGACAAAAGCGACGGCGUUGAACGGCUAUUACAUCCCCAAGGAUACCUGCGUCUUUAUCAACCAGUGGCAAGUCAACCACGACGAGAAGCUUUGGAAGGAUCCCUCAACCUUCAACCCCGAGCGGUUCCUCAACGCCGCGGGGACCGAAAUAAACAGGACGGAGAGCGAGAAAGUGAUGGUUUUCGGCUUGGGGAAGAGGCGCUGCAUCGGGGAGUCCAUCGGCCGGUGGGAGGUCUUCCUCUUCUUGACCACCAUGCUGCAGCAACUGGAGUUCAGCCUCCGCCCCGGCGAGGAGGUGGACAUCACUCCUCAGUACGGACUGACGAUGAAAUACAAGAAAUGCGAGCGCUUCCAGAUGAAGAAGCGUUUCCCCACGAAGA